AUGAGCCAUUGUCCUGUAGAAUAUUCAAAUCCUAAUUCCCAGAAUACUAUAUCUUAUAUUACCUCAGAUUCUGUGAUUAGUGUCUCGUUCGCAGAUUGUCAGUCGUCUAGUCCUUCAUACCACUCUCUGUCAUCAAGUACAGCCCUUCCUGGUGUUGGCUCUUUCUUAGAUAAAUCAAAUCACCUUCCCCACUAUUCUCCUAAUAAAUAUUAUGAUACAGAACCUACUGCGAUUCCGGGACACUCUUAUGUUGAAAACACUGACGUUUUCGACAACAAUCUUCCUUAUCCAAUAAAAUCGGAGGCGAUUCAUGAAAUAGUAUCUGGGACGUUUAUUACUCCAGAUGCACACAACGAAUCAUGUUUUACAUCUCCUUUACAACCUCUAAAAUCAUUAAACCCAAGUCUUCCUGUCCAAUCUAGUGAAUCUUUGUUAAGUGGUUUCACUCAUCCACUUUCUAUGAACCAUACCGUUUUAGAAGACGGUGGAUUAGAUUUGGAUCGAGUGUUUGUCGCUAUUAUUAAUGAUCGAAAUUCUGAACAUGAUAUCUUUAAUGACAAUGAUGUUAAUUGUGAUAGUGAACGCUGCAAAAAACAGUUACUUAAUAAUAGUAUUCAGUCAUCCGUUAAUCAAAGUAUGCUGACAGAUGAUUCAGAGGACAAAAGUUUAUUACAGUACUAUUCUGUAAUAGAUUCUGAGAAGACAACUCAACAUCAAACCCAUCCAAAAACAUCCCCCGUUUCAGAAGUUGAACAAACACACAAAUCGUCUGGAUCAUCUGAAGUUUCAACCCGAAUGUGCGUAGUUUGUGGUGACAAAGCUUCAGGAUUCCAUUACGGUGUCUCUACAUGCGAGGGUUGUAAGGGUUUCUUCCGACGUGCUAUACAACGUGACCAAUCAUAUACUUGUGCUAAAAAUGGUACAUGCGAGAUAAAUAAAACGCUUCGUAAUAAAUGUCAACAAUGUCGACUCCUCAAGUGUAUUGCUGUGGGAAUGUCGAGAGAUGCUGUUCGUAAAAGACGUCAAGGCAAAAAACGGGAGCAGUCUUCUUGUGAAUCAGUUACCUUGCCUAGUUCAGAUUCCUCAAACAAAUAUGAAGGAUCAGCAUACUCAUCAUGUUCUGCAAAUGUAGUUUUGACUCCAUCUAAAGCACGUUUAAAUCAAACUACACCUGAUCCCCAUGAAAUGCCAAUAAAAUCAAUUAAUUUUCAACCAUCAUCUUCAAUACCAUCUUCUACUAAUAUUUCUUUAACCUUAUGUAGUAAUAAUAAUAGCAAUAAUAGUAACAAUUUGACUAAAGAAGAUCAACAAACUCUAGACAAAUUUGAUCGUUUUUUAAACUAUUGUAAAGAUCAAGCGAUCAAAUAUCAGGCAAAUAAUUGGAAUAUUUCUAAAUCUGAUUACUACCACUUAUCAGGAUCUUUAUCAAGACAUUUAUCUCCCAUAAAGCAUACUCCCCAUGAAUUGGGUGAAUCAUUAAAGCUUCUUACAGUGGAUGAAAUAUUUUGUCCUGCUCAACUUAAAUUUACACAUGAAUUCGCCUGUCAUUUAGAACAGUUCAUACGACUUUCUCAGCAUGAUCAAGCUAUCCUAUUAAGAGAUUGUUUGCCUGAACUUGCUAUAUUAAUGUUGUGUCGCGAAAACCGGAACAAGACUCAUCUGAACUCUUCAUCUACAUCAAUGAAUUAUCAGUUGAAUUGUUUAUUUAGUCCAUGGUUUCCGAACGCAGUAGUUACAGAUUCCUCUUUGGAUUGUCUACAUAUGACUUGUGAUAGUAUAACUGCUCAAAGUAUUUUUCAAUUUGCUUCAAGACUUCAACGAUUACAUUUGACAAAUAUGGAAUUUGGACCACUUAUUGGUGUGAUACUUUUUACUCCAGAACGUUCUGAUCUAUUAGAUAUUGACUUUGUUAAUCGUACACAAAAUUUAUGGGCUGAAUUAUUACGUCGUUAUUGUGAAAGUAAUGGAUCACAAACACGUUGUGCUCAUUUAAUUAUGAUUUUAUCUACAUUACGUGAACUUGCCUCUAAAAUAACACAUAAUUUAAAUGCAUGGUAUAAAUUAUCUAAUACUCCAAUGUCAAAUUGUCUUAAAGAAUUUCUUUAUUCUUCCAGUUUUAAUUCAAUGGAUGAUUGUUUUUAA